AUGCUACUUCCUCCUACGUGCACUGGGCAGAUAGACUGUUCCGAACUCGCGUUUAAAGACAGAGGGGAGCUGAGGGGAGCUGAGGCUUUGGUAAAGACGAAUGACUUGGAAUUGUCAACAGGGUCCGAAACCACAUUCGCGCGGUUGACGGAACUUCUCCGUGACCGCAUUCUCCCCUUGUACCGCAUACAUCUAUCUCCAACCAUCGAUUACGCCGUCGCGGUGUUCAAAUUUAUUUACAAUGACAAGAUUUUGUCAUCCCCGCAUACCAAGGCGGCAUCCUCUUGGGAGUCUCUCCUCCGAUCGAUACUCUCCGGCCUCCUGGACUUUUUAGAGGAGAAAAGCGAUAAGAAAGCUCAGGAGACCGUCGGCGCUGCGUUCUAUCCUGUCCUGUGCCCCAUCUACUUCGCCAAGUCUUCUGUGCUAGUGCUUCAGUCCAGCGGCGAUUUGCUAUCAAUUGUUUACCAACUUUUAGUGGCUUCAGUCCAGUCGUGCAGUUCAAAUGCAGCAGAACUUCGGGAACGUUACAUCGGAAGCAAACGUAUCGGUGUCGCUAUUUCGGAAACAAAAGAUUAUCUGGCGCUUGAGUCUCUCCUAGACUUGUUUGCGUCCCUUAUUCCUUUGCUCAAAGAUGGAAAGGAUAAGCGGGCUAGAUUCAUUGAGGAGGUUUUUGACCCGGGUCUGUUCAGCAACUUUCGCGAAAUCGUGGAACAUUUGCAGACGUUGAGUAGCCCUGAAUGGAGCGCCACCUCUGCAAAGAUCAUCAAAUCUUUAGCCAGCUCUGAUCUUUCCUUUCCCCAGCCAUUCCAUUUUACCGACCUCCGAGUCAAUGCCGAGCCCGUUGUUUCGUCGGGGAUGCUCUUUGUGGACCAGAAAGGGUUGCUGGCGAACAUCGACCGUGAUGGAGGGUUGGAGACUUUGCGCAUCCCUUUUUCUGCUUUUAUUCAUAUUGCGACCUCAGCACCAAUUAACGAAAAUGUGCAAGUGACUUUGAAGAUUGGUGAAGCUCCGAUCCUGGGAAAAGAUCCUAUUUCAACUGCUGUCAACGACCAAGUCCUGGUGACUUGCAAAAUCAGUCCAUCGACCAUCAGCAACUUCAGAAAGGCGUUGAGGAAUCGCGGCAUCGAGACUGGACCUAUAAUGCACAAGAAAUUAUCGAAGGCUGCAGGUGUUGACUUAAAUAUGACUUCUGACAAGGAGACUCGAGCGUCGGCAGAACAGAAGGUUCAGAGUCUCUCCCAGCUCUGGGCCAUGCCGGAACUUGAUAACAGGCCUACUUCCCCCCUCCUUUCAUUGGCUGGGCAAGUGUCGGAGACUGAUCGCGAUGAAAAAGCCUUUCGCGAAUAUGGUGCCCAUCGAGGAGGCAAUGAUGGGCCUUCAACUGUAUUUUUGGACCCUGAAGGCAAUCUUUCCUUGCAUCCACCCAGAGAGCCAGCAGUCGAAAGGUCCCAAAUUCACGACGACCCUCCUGAAACGGACAGCUAUACUGCGCCACGCAGACGCGAGGAAUCUGUUGGUUUACUAUCAGAAGGCGAGAUACCUCAACCCAAGUCGCGAGUUCAUCGUUCCAACAAGAAAGUCAUUUUGGUGUCCGACGAAGAGGAGGAGGGAGAAGAAGAAGAGAGGGAACAAUCUGUCCCCACGAAGAGCCGUCAAGAUUCUUCUGCGACGAGCAAAGGAAAAGAAGCUGAGGCCCAAAGCAAGGGAAAGGAAAACGAAGAAAUAUCAAAACCACCUAAGGCACGCGUUCGUAUUUCUUCCGUCAAAGAAACCAGCGACGCGAUGAAGAAGACCAACAAACGCAAAGCUGCAGCUCUGGAGGAUGAGGGUACAAAUGGGGCUGCAAUCGACGCAGAACGCUCAAAGCGUGCCCGCGUCGAUGAUCCUGCUCAUUCUCUUCGACCCUUUCAUGGCAAAAAAUACGGCCGGCGCAAGGACCGGACGACAUCGCCUCAAACUGCUGCUGAUGUGGACUUCGAUGAAGUGCCGAAGGUUGAACCGUCGGCGCUAUAUGUCGACGACGUAACGGAAUUGCCAAAGCCCGUCCCAAAGCCUCGUGCAACCGCCAUGAAGGGCAAGAACGGAAAGAUGGUCGCUAGGCCUCAACGGAAACGCGCUCCCGUUCCGAAGAAAGAGUCGCCCUACUAUGUUGACGUCAAGCCCGUCGUUCAGAGGCGACGCGCAACUAGGAUUGACGAUGUUGCAGACGACACCCUUGUUGACAUCAGUAACUCGCCUAGCAAAGAUGACGCUGUCAAAAUGCACGACGUCAAACCCAACGGGCGUUCCGUCAGAGACACUACAGCACGGGCUUCUGCUCAGUCCAAGCUAAAAAGCGAAAACAAGGACAAAGCCAUGAACAAGAAACCAAGCACCGCACCGUGGCAGCGAGACAGUUUCAUGGAGAAAACCAAGCAAGUGCUUGAACCUGCUGUCGUAGGCUCAAUUGCCGAGGAGCCAGCUUCGUCGACAUCGAAUGGACACUCCGAUCCUGCCAGCGGCCUCCACCCAGACGAAGCGGAAACGUUUUGCAAUGACGACGAAGACAUCUAUGAGCCCCCUGCCUAUACUGAUAUUCUCGUGCCCCUGAAGGGUGGCACCAACUCUUCUCAAGAGGAAGCUAUAACCGGCACAUCGGAUGGGCUAGCCCACGACAACGAAGUAAUUGAUUUGACCAAGGAAUCGCCCCAACAAGCUCGUCAAGAUAAGCAAGCAACUAUCCGCCCGACGAAACCUAUUCCUAAAGGCCAACCCAUCGAGACUCUGCAUCAAAUAAAAGAAGAGAAGCACAAACCACUCCAGGAGCCCCCGAAUCUUAUCAUGCAGCAGAAAGUCAGGGAACCAAAGGAGUCGGAGAAUGUCAACAAACCUGAAAGACUUCCGUCUACAGCUGCGAAGACUAUGCAGGCUCCUCAAAACCGUAACAUUGCGGAAAGGAGUGUCCCGAAAAGGAAUCCGUCUACACCUCUGCGACCACCACCCUCUCCCGUCGUUAUUGUGAGACCCGAGGUCGAAACCCAGUGGCCGGAUCCAUCCGAACAGACGCACUCACCACAGUCAUUGGAACGAAUGGCUGCGCAUCCUUUUUCAAAUUACCCUCAAGAAAAGUGGAGCGGCAGAGCCAAAACUUCUAACGAGGGUACUUCUCUUCGUCGCCCGCGUCAUGAAUACGAGGCCCGCAACCAUAAGGAAAUACAUGAACCUCGUCCUCACCACUCACGAAACAAGCCGGAAGUCAGGAAUUCUCGCUCUCCACUUGAACCCAAGGUAAAUUACAGAUAUUACCGACAGCAACCUCCUAAGCCUGAAGAGCCGCCAAUGGACCGAAUAGUUGAGGUUCUCAACCGCAUCAAUGAGGUAUGGCGCGACCUCAGCCUGUUUUCUUCGGUGAUAACACUUUUCAGACUCUCAUUGACCGCAUUGUGCGCCGUGUCGACGGAUUUUCUUAUGAAUUAA